UAUGUUAAAUAACAGCGGGCUAAAUACGUGAUUCAGGUCUGCCCCGGGAGCCGUUCAGAGAGCGGAACAUCCCCUCGGCAGGGAAUUUGAACUCGGAGCCUCCAGCAAUUUCGUCGGGGUCCUCUAUGGUCUGUUGCCGAGUGGCAGUGAAGAAAGGGGGUCCUGUAAUCUCUUAAUGAAUUUCAGAGACGAGACGAGGUCCUGUAAUCUCUUAAUGAGUUUCAGUGAUGAAACACCCCCGUCGGCGAGCGGCUGGACGGUGGAGCCGACCCUCUUAGAGCUUCAGAGGUUGUCUUGGUCACCUGGCGUGUGACUGCGGCUGUCCCAUGGGACCGCAGAACUGUUGCGACUCAAGCAUCGGGAGUAGUCUGUGUUGAAACCAUGGCGCUGUGCUGGGUGUAGUUGAAAUGGACGAUGCAAGUAUGGACAUAAUAGCCUAUGAUGCUUACUCCAGUCCACCGCUUCAGAGAUAUUGAAAGGAAACCUGAAUACCUCCAGCCAGAAAAGUGUGUUCCACCUCCUAGCCGCCCUUCCCUGGGAACAAUGUGGUUUAUUCGAGAUGGCUGUGGUAUUGCAUGUGCUGUCGUUACCUGGAUGCUGGUGUUCUAUGCCGACUUUGUAGUCCUUCUUGUCAUGCUAGUUCCAUCGAGAGAUUAUGUUUAUAGUGUCAUCAAUGGCACACUGUUCAACACCUUGGCUUUCCUCGCUUUGGCUUCACAUUUUCGUGCUAUGCUGACAGAUCCAGGUGCUGUGCCCAAAGGUAACGCCACAAAGGAGUUCAUUGAGAGUUUACAGCUAAAGCCAGGACAGGUGGUUUACAAGUGCCCAAAGUGUUGUAGCAUCAAACCUGACAGAGCACAUCACUGCAGUGUUUGCAAGAGGUGUAUUCGGAAAAUGGACCAUCACUGCCCGUGGGUCAAUAACUGUGUAGGAGAGAAUAACCAGAAGUACUUUGUACUGUUUACAAUGUAUAUAGCACUGAUUUCACUGCAUGCUCUAAUCAUGGUGGGAUUUCACUUCUUGUAUUGCUUUGAAGAAGACUGGACAAAAUGCAGUUCCUUCUCUCCACCAACCACAGUGAUUCUCCUCAUCCUUUUGUGUUUUGAGGCUCUCCUGUUUCUCAUCUUCACCUCAGUUAUGUUUGGGACCCAAGUACACUCCAUCUGCACUGAUGAAACGGGUAUUGAGCGUCUUAAAAAUCAGAAGCCAACCUGGGAGAAGAUCAGCGGCUGGGAAGGAAUGAAGCUGGCAUUUGGUGGUGCUUUCUCCUUGAAUUGGUUCAAUCCCUUGUCAAACCUGAACUGUGAGAACCCAGCGCUGGCCGAAACGGCAGCAGCAGCUCCUGCAUCUGCAAUAAUGACCCAAGAAGAAAUCGAGCAGUUUCUCACUCGAGAUGUUGCUGUUGAAGUAUUAAAUGAAUAAGCAAAGCAUCCUCUAAGAUACCAAGAGCAGCUUUCAGGUGUUGGUUUAUUUUUUUAAUAACUACUCGUGCUGGAGAUUUACGGGGUUGUUUUUUAACGUACUGCUUGGUGCAUUAAAAAAUUCAGGAGUAUUUGGAAGCCAGGUACAGCACUAGCAGAAGCAAUAGCAAAUCUCCAGAGAAAGCUUUAUAAGUGAUGAGAUUCAUAAGCUCCUUUUUGGGACCUGUGGCAGCUGCUUUAUUGAGCUUUUAUUACUCGGCCUAUAAGGAGAGUUUACUAAUGUCAGAUAGAUUGGUCCCAGCUCUCUGAAAUGUGCAGUCCUAAGGAGUCUGAUUAAUCUUCUGUUGUUACAGCAUUUUGGAGGGCUAAAUAAUAAGCUCUGUGCAAUGGCCAGAUUAGCCCAGCUUUACAGGUUUUCUUGGAAAAAUGCAUCCUUUUUAGCUCAUCCCAUGGAUGCUGCCUCUGGACUAUGAAAACUGCUGGUGCACAUGUCUUGGCAGAGGUGGCAUACUGGGCUGCAGACACAGCAGGUGGGUGAGCUCACCCUGCGUGUAAUUCCUUUGACCUCUGAAAUAUCUCCAGGGGUAUAUUUUAACCCUCUGUGCUGGUGGGACUGCCCAAGGUCGGUGAGGUUUGGCUGAGCAGUGUCAGGGCCCAAGAGGGCUGGUGCUGGUGCCGCCUGGCCUGUGGGAGUGUUUGCCUGCACCCAGCACAGCCGAGAGUGGGCAAGUAUUGGCCAGGUUGCUGAGCCACUGGUGGUGGGAAUCUUUCACCCCGGGGCUGUGGUUUAUUAGCACAUGUGGGGUGGGAGCUGCCUGGCCAAACUCUGCAGCCCAGAAGGCUGGUCUAGGCCAGGCAGGUAUUUUUUGCAGUCAAAGAAAAGAGGGAGGUAUGAGCGCUCUGCUGAUGGAGGUACUGGCUCCUUCCAUUGGAUUUGUCUGAUUUAGGUGUCUCUUUCAUUCUUUUUAAAAUCUUUCCUCUGUAGUCAGAGUUGUGAAUGAAUAUUGCUUCUUAAUCUCACUGGGGUUUAAUGUUGUCCUAUUAAUACUUCCCAUUAUGCAGGGAUUCCUUACACUAAUUUUGCAAGCAGCUCCUGGUGAACAUCAGUGAGCCUGUGGAAGGUUCAUGGCUCAAGGCAGGCAUCUCUGCAGGUGGCAGUAGUUGCAGCAAAGUCAUGCAGAGGUGCCAGCAGCCACUGCAUUCCAGCACACUACAAGCCCUUGGCAUGCUCCAGAUGCCCUUUAGUGUAGUUUCACUUUACACUUUUUUUUUAAACAUUAUUACUUUCUUCUAGACAUCUCCCUUAGCUAAACUGCAAGUAAAUUUUGCAGGAUAUUAGAGAUGUGCUCCUGGUUUUUCUCUGCAGGACAUGUUUGACUUCAUCUCUCCCCUCCCCUCUAAACAUGGACCAAAGAUAAUUGUUUCCUCUCAAAAAUAAGAGAAAGGAGUUUGGGGGGAUGAAAGCGUGAGAUUGUGAAUGACCUAGAUUAAGUUUUUUAUUAUUUAUAUUAGCAAUACCAAAUGGAACUUGUGCAAAAUUUUAAAUUUCUUUUUCCUCCCCCCAAAAAAAGGAUCUUUGUAUUAAUAGUGUGACAUCCAGGGCUACUGUGGAGCAAUGAGGUUCUCUCCUGGCCUUGUUCUCUCUGCUAGAGCAGUCCCUGUCUCUGGCAAAGGGUCUGAGAACAAAUCAAGUGCCAUGACUGAUAGGAGCACAGCCUGGCUAAAACCCAGCCAGUAUUCCCAAGUGGUUGUCCCAUCCCUUAUACCCUCUGGAUGUCUUGUCUUUUUCAGUGGAAAAUAAAUGACUGGGACCUGUGUAUUUAUAAAAAUCUUUUUGGUAAAGGGAAGCACCCUGCAUUUGGGGGUAAUCAGUGUGUCCUCUCGUGUCAUUUAGGCAUAAGGUCUUGAAUGUCAUUGCUCUGUGCAGCAGUGUGAAGAGUUCUAUAAGAGAUUUCCAAUAAGGAUGUUGAAGGAGGAAAAUAAGGCCCAUUUUAGCUCAUGUUUUCCAAUUUUGGCUUGCUGCUUGGCCUCUGCAUCCACUUAAUGUCCCUGCCUCCAGUGCCAUGUCUGCAGGGUGGGAAUGGUGCUGUGGGUUCCUGAGGGGAGAAUCUAGUUGGUGUUUGAAAAUCACCUUGAGGCAAGCGUAGGGCAAUGUCAAUUUGGGCAAGACCCCCUCACCCUGUGUUUCAUGAUGCAGCUCAGGACACGAACCCCACUUAUGUGGUUUUGGGUAGGCAGCAUAUUUCUUCUUCCAAUUCUUGAACCUGGUUCACCUCAAUAUGAGGGGAGGUGUCUGUCACUUUGGUUUCCCACUACCCGUGUUGUCCCUGAGGCGCUGGCAUUUUUAGGCCAUUUUGUUAAUAGCUGAAAUGGAAAAGCAAUGUGAAGAGUGGGGUGAGAGCCAGAACAGCCUCCUUCCCUCCUCCCACAGUGAAAUUCUGGUCAUACUCUGACACAUCCCUGUGUCCUGUGCAGAGCUGUGGACAGACAGCCCAGCCCUGGAUCUUAUGCCACCAAGAACUGAUGGUGUGACUCCUUGCAUCCAGCAAUCUGGUUUUAUUAGUGUCUUUUGGCUGUCAAUCUCCCUUAUCCCCCUCUUCUUCCUCCCAUGCAAAGUUCCAGUACCCCUUGGUGUAGAUGCUGUCUCAGUGUAGUGUGGCAACUGUCAGAAAUUGCAAAAGUACACAAGUUGGAAAAAACCUGUUUUAUCUACAGCUCUGGCAUAAACCUACAUUCUACCUGGUAGCUUGAGACCAAAUGUGAUUUUCAUGAAAUUUAAACCAAACCUACCAUUUUCCUUCCCUCCAUGUGCUCAUUGCCCCUUUUUAAAUUGUGCCUUCAUCUUUAGGCUGUGCUGCUGUGGUCCUGGCUGGCUCUCCAGGCCAUGGGGCUGUGCUCCUCAAGGGCACUCCGUGUACUGCAGGCUGCUGGAGAUCCCAUGGCUGCUCCAGCUGGAGGUGUUAAAACAUGACAGACAAGGUCGUGGCAGACUUGAAAAGUGUUCUUGUAUUUCUUAUUUGGUGUCUUCUACAGCAGGUUUUCUAUGCAAGUGAAGAAUUUACAUCUCUUGAAAAAAAAAUAUUAUAUUUUGCUGUUUGUAACUCCUUUUUAUGCCUCGGGUUGCUAUUGUACUUAUUAAAGAACUAAUAUUUCA